AUGAUGAAAUUUUUUUUUUUUUACAGUAUCAGCGAUGGUAGUCGACUAGAUCUUGUUAAUUUACAGGGAACUAUACCGAUUCAUUAUAAGGGUGCUGCCUAUAAUUUACCAAUAUGUAUUUGGUUAAUGGAUUCACAUCCUUAUAAUGCUCCUAUGUGUUUUUUAAAACCUACUCCAUAUAUGAGAAUAAAAAUUUCCAGAUAUGUUGAUCAUAAUGGAAAAAUUUACAUGCCUUAUUUACAUGACUGGUCACCAAAUACCUCUGAUUUAUUGUCUCUAAUAGGAGUUCUUAUAAUGCAUUUUAGCGAAGAGCCUCCUUUGUACCAAGUACCCAGGAAUAAUGCUCCUGCACCUGUGAGCUCGACUCCAUAUCCAACCCAGUCCUUUAUGCCAAUGCCUGGAACUUCAUCGACACCAGUUUAUCCGCCAUACUCCUCUGCUCAACCACCUUAUCCGAUUGCUAAUCAAAACAUAGACUAUCAGCAGCAACCUUAUUUACCUUAUCCGGCAUUUCCGAAAACGAAUCCAGUUUAUCCACCAUCUUUUCCAUAUCCUUCAGGAACUUCUACAACGGGAUCUGAUAAUACUGGAAGUAGUACGGGAACUGGAACUGGAACCAUUACUGAAGAACACAUUCAUGCUUCUUUAUUAUCCGCUGUCGAAGAUAAAGUUCGACGUCGACUUCGCGAGCAACUUUCACAAACCCAAGCCGAACUUGAAACACUCGAUAAAAUUCAACAGGAAUUAAUGCAAGGGAAAAAUCGUUUAGAUCAUUUAAUAGCUAAACUUGAUGCCGAACAUGCUGAAUGGGAAAAAAAUUUAGCCGUUUUAAGAGAUAAAGAACAAGAAUUAGAUGAAUCCAUUAGUAAAUUGUCUGAAAAAGGUGGCAUUGAUGUUGAUGAGGCUGUCACAACCACAGCACCGCUUUACAAACAAUUACUUAAUGCUUUUGCUGAGGAAGCUGCUACCGAAGACGUUAUUUAUUAUUUAGGUGAAGCUCUUAGACGUGGCGUUAUCGAUUUGGAUGUUUUUCUUAAACACGUUCGUAGCUUAUCGCACAAACAAUUCAUGUUAAGAGCAUUAAUGCAAAAAUGUCGGGCUAAAGCCGGUCUCGCGGAACAAAAUGAUCAGUAA